AUACUAUUUUUUAGAAGCCCAGUCUUGUCUUGAUGAUACCUGGUUCAAAAAGCUCGUCGGGAAGAGGAGCAAAACAAACCCUAUCUAAACCGCGGCGGACUCUUCGUCCAGCAAGGUUUCCCAUCCAGAUCCGGCCACGCCACUUGCUCCUCUUCUCCGCCACACCGAUGGUGUACGUGGAUUCCUGGGACGAGUUCGUGGAGCGGUCCGUGCAGCUCUUCCGCGGCGACCCCAACGCCACCCGCUACGUGAUGAAGUACCGGCACUGCGAGGGGAAGCUCGUGCUCAAGGUCACCGACGACCGCGAGUGCUUGAAGUUCAAGACAGAUCAAGCUCAAGACGCAAAGAAGAUGGAGAAGCUCAACAACAUCUUUUUUGCUCUCAUGACACGUGGGCCUGAUGUUGAUAUCAGUGAAGUUUCAGGGAAGGAACAGGCAGAGCAACAGCAAGCGAAGAAAGGUCGGGGAAGGAGGCAAUAAUGCGGUCUGAUCCUUAUUUGUUACAGAAAAUUCACAACUGGAAUGAUGGAUUAACAUUUCAUUGACUUUUUGUACUCUGAAGAAAGUUUUUCCAGUACAGAACCGAGAACAAACUAAAUGCACUCUAUCAUGAAUGAAUGCAUGAUUGAGAAACGCCCAAGGCUUCAACCCUGCUUCGUUUUAAUGCACGUGAAGCGUUUUCAUC